UCCAUUUGGUGGUGUGACUUUCGGGAACAUAUGUAAGACUAUAUCCCAAUAUUUCGGGGAUCCCUGAAGACUUCAUUACACAAGACCUGGUUGAGGGUCCUUUAAGAGGAGCGAAGCCACACUCUGCCCUCCGAGUCUCAAGGCAUAAUUUCUUAGCGCCCCUCGCAGUACCAUUUGGUCUUUGCCCAGCGUGCAGGGGAGUCGCCACGGCCACGUGCACAUGAGAACUACAUUGCCCAGAAACCUCUGCGCCGCGCGUCAGCGGCACUCAGGGGCGUUUCCCUGCGGACGGAAGCUCUCUGGGCGUGACUUCCGGCAUCUUCCCCGCGGCGGACAUCUUGUUAGCUCUUAGGUGGAACCAUCGGAGCAAAAGCUCGGGGUUGCUGGGCAGUUCCGAGGUGACGAAGUGGGAGGGUGCGGGAGGAGUCGUUGUUCGUCCUGCAGAGUGGAUCGCCAGCGAAGACCCCGCCUCCACCCCCGGGGGCGAAGGACCGCGGUGCCAGGGUCCCGCGACCUGGGACCCCCCUCGCGGCUCUGUGAGGUCUAUGAACUAUGAUGGCGGCGGCCGCGGUGUUGAGUCCGGCGCAGAUCCUUUGUGGUUGCUGAAUUGUAACGAGAGAGAACCCUGGGUGCCUGAGAGGGCAUGACUCUAGUCACAACAGGAGGGGCUUGGACAGGCCCUGGUUGUUGGCAUGGAGUGAAGGAUGAAGAGUCAUCUUCUGAACAGAGCAUUUCUAUAGCAGUGUCACAUGUUAAUACUUCCAAGGCAGGUUUGCCCACACAGACAGCUUACCCUUGUGACAUAUGUGGCCCCAUCUUGAAAGAUAUUUUGCACCUGGAUGAACACCAGGGUACACACCAUGGGCUGAAACUUCACACAUGUGGGGCAUGUGGGAGACAAUUCUGGUUCAGGGCAAACCUUCAUCAACACCAGAAGUGUUACAGUAUAGAGAAACCCUUAAGAAGGGAUGAAGGUGAGGCCUCAAUUGUGAAGAACUGCACAGUUAGCAAAGAACCUCACCCAUCAGAGAAACCCUUUACGUGUAAGGAGGAGCAGAAAAACUUCCAGGCUACUUUGGGUGGCUGCCAACAAAAGGCCAUCCGCAGUAAGAGGAAGACACACAGGAGCACUGAGAGUGGGGAUGCAUUUCAUGGUGAACAAAUGCAUUACAAGUGCAGUGAAUGUGGGAAAGCUUUCAGCCGCAAAGACACACUUGUCCAGCACCAGAGAAUUCAUAGUGGAGAGAAGCCUUACGAGUGCAGUGAAUGUGGGAAAGCCUUCAGCCGCAAAGCUACACUUGUCCAGCAUCAGAGAAUUCAUACUGGAGAAAGGCCUUAUGAAUGCAGCGAAUGUGGAAAAACCUUCAGUCGAAAAGACAACCUUACUCAGCACAAGAGAAUCCACACUGGAGAAAUGCCUUAUAAGUGCAAUGAAUGUGGGAAAUAUUUUAGCCAUCACUCCAAUCUAAUUGUACACCAGAGAGUUCACAAUGGAGCAAGGCCUUAUAAGUGCAGUGAUUGUGGGAAAGUAUUCAGACACAAAUCUACACUUGUUCAGCAUGAGAGUAUUCACACUGGAGAAAAUCCUUAUGAUUGCAGUGAUUGUGGGAAAUCCUUUGGCCACAAAUACACCCUCAUUAAACAUCAGAGAAUUCACACUGAGUCAAAGCCUUUUGAGUGCAUUGAAUGUGGGAAAUUCUUUAGUCGAAGUUCUGACUUUAUUGCACACCAGAGGGUUCACACUGGUGAAAGGCCUUUUGUGUGCAGUAAAUGUGGGAAAGACUUUAUCAGAACCUCCCACCUUGUUCGACACCAAAGAGUUCACACUGGAGAAAGGCCAUAUGAGUGCAGUGAAUGUGGGAAGGCCUACAGCUUAAGCUCCCACCUCAAUCGGCACCAGAAAGUUCACACUGCAGGCAGGCUUUAGGAGUGCUUUGAAUACAACAGGACUCAUCAAUCAGAUGUUGAAUUUCAUAUAUCUGAACAUUGACACAAAGGAGAUUCCUUAUGGUGCCAGGUAUGUAGGAAGCUUCGAGGGAUAUGUUGCACUUUCUGACCUGCUCAGGUUUUUUGCCAGAGUUUUGUCGCUGUCAAUGCCUGUGGCCGAAACCAUCUUAACUACCAGCUUAGAUACCCCAGCAUUGGGGAACGCAGGGUUUUGUAUUCUCCAGUCCCUGGAGAAAAUCAUGAGAUGCCUGAGUUCAUUGGGGGUCCUCAUUCCGUUCUGUAUGACAGGUAUAGGUAUGGACAUGAUCCAUCUUUAGCCACGAGGGUCUGAGCUGUAUCUGCUGGUGGCUUAUACAGAAGGUUUACUUUCUUCAUGGAUAUUCUUGGUCUCACAUACUUGUAUUGAGUUUUUCCAGCCUCCAAGUCACCUGGCCUGGGAAAGUACUUGCUUCAUGUUGCUCUGGUUUGUGAUAAUAAAGGCUUUACAGUUUAAGCCACUUUUAAUCUUGGGGGUUCUUACUGUCUGGAGUGGAUUGAAAACAGACUCUGCCAAACUGAAGACAGCCUUUGUGGGGCACCUCCAACUUUGCCUCAAAUGGGACAGUGGGUUGAGGGAGAACAGUUCUUAGUUCAGUUUUGAUGUUAACUUCCAUAGCUGACAAAGCUUGUUAAGUAAGAAUUCAGAUCUUGUGUAGACCUGAUUUGUCUGGAUUAUUUGAGAACCCAUAUUUCACCUUGAGGAGGGUGCCGCUGCUGUGACAGCCUGCAGUGUUUUGAAACAGCAUGGAUUGAGUGUCUUGUUUCCAGCAUAUGUCCCUUGUUCCCCAACACUGUUGAGGGAAAGCUGUUCCUCAGGACCUGCCGAGUGGCCAUAUUCCCUGAAGGCCUGAAUCUGGUACACAGGCCACUGUUGGUAAGAUCUAAAACAUCCAGUAGGGAAACAAAAUUGAUAUAUAUUGGGUGUGGAUAAUUGGGAUUGGGGAGAUUGCGGCGAACUAGAGGGGAAGUACACAUUGUAAAAACACAUCCACAGACAGUCCAGGCACUGAGGCUGGAUGGGAUCAGGUAUCCAGAAAUCUCAGGAUCUCCAGGGCCGUGUUACUGUUAGGUCAAGAUCACUGGUGCAGCAACGAAUGUAGUUUUCCUAGAUUCCUCUGCCUCCCUGGGCUCUUUACCUAAUGUCUUUGCUGCACAGGCAAUAACCCUGGGAGUAAAGAGGUGUGGUGGUCCAAAGAAGUAGCUUUUGUGACCAGCUGGGGUUUCUGGUGAUUCUGUUGGCAAUGGUCCUCAUUGUUUGCCAGUUUUUCUUACUACUGAGGAAGAGAUUGUCUUCCCAAGGUAUUUGGAGUGAUAAGAGUCACCGUAGUGACGUAGAGUCACUCUUAAUGAUGUCCAGUUGUCCAAUUUCCAAUAGAAGUGGGACACCCAGAUUUUUUAAAGGGAUAACUUUUUAUAGGUUCACUGAGGUGUAAUCAACAUGCAAUAUAUUGCACAUAUUUAAAGUGUACCAGUAAGUCUUGAUACACACACACACUUGAAACUAUCACCCUAUCAGUGGUGUCGGACAGAUCUGUCACCCCAAAGUUAACCUCAGGCCCUUAACCUUUAUCUUAGUGCUCUCCUUCCCCCAAAAUCCCUAGGCAACCAUUGAGUAGUUUUCACUAUAGGUAAAUUUGUCUUUUCUAGAAUUUUAUGUAAGUCUGUCUAUAAAGUGUUAAUUUUGUUUGUUGUCUUCAUGCAACAGAAUUUGAAAUUUGUCCAUGGUAUGUAUGAAUAGCCCAUUUUAAAAUUACUGAGUCAUAUUCUGUAUGGAUAUACCACAGUUUAUCCAUUUAUCUUGAUUGGUGUCUGCACUCCACACCCCAUUUUUAAAUACUAAAAAGCUGCUGCAAAUAUUGAUGCAAGAGUCUUUAUAUGGACACUUAGCUGAGAACCUUUUUUUUUUUUUUUUGAGACGGAGUCUCGCUUUGUCACCCAGGCUGGAGUACAGUGGCCGAAUCUCAGCUCACUGCAAGCUCCACCUCCCGGGUUUACGCCAUUCUCCUGCCUCAGCCUCCUGAGUAGCUGGGACUAUAGGUGCCUGCCACCUCGCCCGGCUAUUUUUUUGUAUUUUUUAGUAGAGACGGGGUUUCAUCGUGUUAGCCAGGAUGGUCUCGAUCUCCUGACCUUGUGAUCCUCCCGUCUCGGCCUCCCAAAGUGCUGGGAUUACAGGCUUGAGCCACCGCGCCCGGCCAGCUGAGAACAUUUUUAAGCAGAGGUUUUGAAGGUGUGGCCAUGUUUCUUACUGAUUAUAGUAAAAUAUAUUUGAAAAGAGAUACAUACAGGGAAGAAUUGCGAAACAGAAAAGACCCAAGAUUUGAUGAUUUGGGAAAUUCUCAGCUCAUCUGAAUUGGAAAAAAAAAAAAAAUUGAAAUUAAGAGAUUCAUUGUCAGGAAAGCAUGUUUUAGAGAGAUAGGCAAGGAUGUUUGCUAUUACCGAGAUCAAAACAUACAUUAGAACACUCAUUUCUUUGAAGAGAUUAAACAUGACUUGUAGAUCCCCUCAAUACAAACAAUUUAUAAGAAGUUUAAACUAUCAGUCAUCUCAGCAAAAGCCAAAAAUAUAGAUAGGGGAUUCCCUAGGGGGAAUAAUCUGCAUAAACCUCUUUUCUAAUGGUGUGAGUUUCAGUGACAUACAGGAGACUCACAAAAUUCUUGAAAAUUUUAUACAAGUGAAAAUGCUCACCUUGGGUCUAAAGGAACCUUGAAAGUAUGAAGUUAAAGGGUGUAAUAUUCUAUACAUGGGACUGGCUGCAGAAACAGGUGCAAGCCCUUUCUACCUUUCAUGAGAAAGGAAGGAUGACUCAGAGCAGAGGGGACUCCAUUGGGCAGAGUCCUGAACCACGUGAUAUUCCCAUGUCUUGACUCCCAGUGGCAUUUGCCAAAGUAGAUUUCAAAUUUUCUUGGGAUUAGUGGUUCCAUUUGUUUGUUUUCCCCCCUUCCAUUUCCUCCCUUUUUGAAACAAUGCAUAUACAUAUAACUAUUACCCUAGGUCUUUCCCACCCUUUUGUUUGGGAGCAGAUAACUAGUUUUCUAGUUUUACGGAUCCAGACGAGACAGGAAUAGCACUGGGUGGUCACAGGAGGAUGGAAAAUCUCAACACCCUGGUUUUGGUGCGGCUGAAAAAAAAGAAAAAACCCAAACAACAGCUAAAACAGGAACUAGGCAAAGAAAGCAUGGGAUAAUAGAAAACCCAAAACGAAAGAGAAAACUGCCAGAACCCCAGUCAGGGUGACAUGUCCAUGACUCUUCCAGUCAAAUGCAAAUAAGGGAGGAGGGGUGGUAAUCGGGGGUCCCUGAAAUUCCCUCCUUUCCCAGAAUACCUAAUGAUUACCCCGAUUAGAGGAACACCCAUACAAUUAGAAACCCAAACUUCAUUUUGCAUGACUUGCUCUCAGGAGCACUCCCACACUUCUCUCUUGUGUAUACUUUUGCUUCACAAUAAAAGCUCCUUGCCUUUGCUUCA